UUACGCUGCAGCACUCGGACCUCCGCCGUAGGUUCCGCAGCUUCACGGUACGCACGUUCCCUUACGUAUAGUUUAGCCCGCAGCGCGCGCGGUGGUUUAACGACGUAAAAACGGUGCAGGUUUCUGCAAGGACCUGCCGUGUUUUCGACGGAGUCGAAAUCUUUUAGUUUCGUGACACACGCUCGUUUCGAGAAACGACGAAACGAUGCUUUGGAUAGACAGCGCAUCGGCGAUCGGUCGCCGGCGUCUGCACAUCUCUGUGACGUUGGCGAUCUGCGCCUUCCUCUUCGUCGUUGACACCGUUGACGCCGCUACGGACGAAAGCAAGGACACAUGGACCGGAUUUUCGACAUCGUGCACGUCGGAAGACUCGAAGAACGCCUCGGUCUCUUGUCACGGAGUGCGAAUCGUACGGAAGAUUGUACAACAGUUAUUGGAGACCACCAGCAAGGAACGGGACAUCCAACUGUUCGAUGGUGUAUCUUUAGUCGAGGUGCCUGGAAGCGGCUCCACCCGAAAAGCGAGAGUCUUGAAGAGCUUCGGAGGUCUCGGACCCUUCCUACAAUUCCUGGAAGGUAGAGAAUUGAGAGUCAAGCUGCCGUCUUUACUCCCACCGAAUAUCGAAACUGCCUUGAAAGAGAGUUUGCCCUCCGAAGCUGAAGCGAGAGGAGGUGGCGGCGGUGGUUUAGGAGGCGGCGGCGGCGGCGGUUUCGGCGGUGGCAAAGGCGGCGGCGGUGGCAAGAAGGGCGGUGGCGGCGGAAUUCUUAUAAUGGCGCUUAUGAUGGGCAAGAUGAUGGCUGCUAUGGGCUUCGGUGCAUUGGGUCUCUUGGCUAUGAAGGCAUUGAUGGUUUCGGCGAUGGCCUUGAUGUUGUCAUUGAUCGUAGCCGUGAAGAAGUUGGCGAGCGGUGGCGACGAUCAUGGCGGCCAUCAUGUCGUUUACGCGCAGGAAGUUGGUCAUCAUCAUCGUAAGAAGAGAUCAUUCGAAAAUGUCGACGCCACACAGUUACCCUACAGAGGAUACGCCCAUCUUUACGCUAACUUAGGGGCGUCUUGAUGCUCUUGAUCGUUAAUUGCACCAACCGCGAGAUUGAAUUGAUUUUCCAGCUUGUUAAUUCUCUUACCGCUAUUAAAGUUCAGAUAGACACGACUACGUUGGCACAUUGACAUAUUGCGCUCAUGUAAUUUGCAUUUUAGUCACAUCAUCAUUAUCCCUUUAUCAUUGUUACAUUUAUUUAACGUAACAUGCACCCUUUUCACAACGUGGCUUUCGUUUCUUUAUAAUUUAUAUAUAUAUAUAUAUAUAUAUAUAUAUAUAUAUAUAUAUAUGUAUAUAUAUAUAUAAAAUUGCAAACGUCAGUCGCGGUAAGAGAGUUAAUAGGCGCUGGAAAAUGACUGCGAAGACGUGACGCGACACAAGAUCAGUGACAGUGACAUCAACGAAACGACAAUGACUGAGGUACUGAUUGACAGCUACGAUAGAAAGUGAUAUUUAACAAAUGCUUGCUCACGAGUUACGUGGUAAUCGAUCUCGAUUAGUCUGCCACUUUUGACAGGACUCUCAAGUGAAAAAUCACAGACACGCACCGAAGAAACCAAAGUACGUUGUUUGACUUUUUUAUUUAUUUAUUUUUUUUAUCCACGUAUUUAUUAUUGUGCAAUACCUGUUAAUAAAGCAUACGUGUUUGAAGAUACGAAA